CAGCUGACGUUGGACUCAAAAACCGGCCACGACGAAUUCGGGACGGAAAACAGAGAUUUCGAAUUGAAUAACUUAAAUAUUAUCAAAAUUGAACCCCAAAAUAUUAUCAGGAUGGAGUGCAUCGACUCCAGGGAGAAAAUCGAUGAAUUGUGCGUCAAAUUGGCUCAGCAGGAGGAGGACAAUGAAAAAUACUUGGAGAGCAUAAUGUCGCGGCAGGUCAACUUGGAGGCGAAAUUGAAAAACAUCACGAAGGCUCUGCCCAAUCUGCAAAUUCUACACAAUGAUGCUGUCAAACUGGCUGAAAUGAUUUCCCACACUUCCACGUUGGCCGAAACGGUUAGCGCCAAAGUCAGACAACUCGACAUUGCUAGAAGUCGAGUGUCCGAAUGUCAGCAACGAGUGCAAGACCUGCAGGAUUUAAAACUUUGUAAAGAGGGUGUAAAAACUGCCCUGGAAAAUGAGGAGUAUGAAAAGGCCGCCGGUCACAUUCACAGAUUUUUGGCAAUGGACCAAGCUACCCUCAGGAAAACAGCUUCUCACGUAUCUCAAGGGCGCAGUGUCGACGAUUGUUUUACUCAACUCGACUCUGCGACUAAAGAGCUCAGGUUGAUUGUGGCCAGAAAUUUUGAGCAGGCAGCCUUGAAAGACAACGCAGCCGACGUUGAAAGAUUUUUCAAGAUUUUUCCUCUGCUCGGAGACAAGCAAGAAGGUCUUCGAAGAUUCUCUGCAUAUCUUGCUGGAAAGUUGACAGUGAUGGCACAGAAAAACUUCAAAACCUGUCUGGACACUCCGAUCCACGACAAGCGAGCUUUGGUUUUGUACGCAGAUGCGCUUACUCUGUUGUUCGAAGGAAUUGCAAGAGUCAUCGAAGUCCACCAGCCUAUAGUUGAGACAUAUUAUGGUCCUGGAAAUUUGCUCGAUGUAAUUGAGCGCCUGCAACAAGAGUGUGACAAGGAGAGUCGUAAAAUUUUAACUGAGCUUAUUCAAAAAAGGAAUUUGGACAACAUUGUCAGACAGGUUGAUGAUGCCCUUCGAGGAGGUGCUCCUCUGCACACAGUGGCAUCUGCAGCCUCCUUGGUGUCAAUGGCCACUUCAGCCUCUGGGUCGCAAACGCACCGUCGAACUGGCUCUACCGGCACUUCGAUGGAGACAGACCAUCGAAAGGUUAUUGACCCAAGAGAUUUGGACCUUUUACUCGGAGAACUGUCGAUCGCCCAUGCCAGAGCUGAGCUUUACAUGCGAUUCCUGCGUAGGAGAAUCACUGCUGAUUUUGAGAGUGACAAUGAGGAAGAAAAGCAGGCAGGGUUGAAAAGGAUGGAGUCUGUUUUGCAAAAGAGUGACUUGUGCCGCUCCAUGCAAGAACUUCUUGGUCACUACCUGCUGCUCGAGAGGUUCUACAUGUCCGAGAGCGUUCGUAAAGCGAUGAGCUUAGACACCUUGGACGGGGAGGACAGCCAAACCUCGAGCGUGUUGGACGACGUCUUCUUCAUCCUGCGCAAGAGUAUUCGCAGGGCCAGUCAAUCGGGCAGCAUGGACGGGACCUGCGCCGUCAUCAACGACGCUUGCACAUUUUUGGAGAUAGAUUUCUGUGGCUACCUCCACCGUCAGCUGAAGAAAGGGUACUCUUCAGGGUACCUUGACCUGACGGCCCAAGCCUACAACAUGUGGCAGUCGUCUCUGCAGCAGGGACGCCUCAACACCACCAACCAGUCUGACUCUGAUUCAGCCCGCGCCAUGUUUUUGGCCCAUUUGAAUAACUCGGACGCAAGUCUGGAGUUCAUCAAGGUGAUGAGGCGUGGCUUGGAGGAGGACAUUGUGAGUGCUCUUGGAAGCAACAACCUCACCUUGAAUGACCAGGCAAAACUGAGCUCAUGCCUGUCAGGUUUUAACUCUGCAACUGCCUCGUUGAGACAUGUGACUGAAUACGGCCUCCAGCAACUGAUAGUCAGUGCUGUGAAGCCUCGAACUGGGCCCUGGGUCGAUGCCUUCCUGCAAGCCAAUCAUCAGCUUACAGAGGAAGAAUUUGCUAGCUACGAAGCAGACGAGCCAUUUGUCCAGAAUCUGAUCCACAAUCUUGAAAGUCUGCUCAGCUCCUUCAAAUCCAAACUAACCUUUGCAAAUUAUGAUGCACUGGUCGGCCACGUAGCCUCGGAAAUCACUGCUCAAAUGGAAAAAGUGAUAAUGAAGUCAUGUUUCAACAGGUUGGGAGGGCUUGCUCUGGAUAAGGAAGUCCGAGGUCUGGCUGGUUAUCUGACAGCCGCAACGACACUUUCCAUCAGAGACAAACUGGCUCGACUGACCCAGGUUGCAACGGUUCUCAAUUUGGAAAAACCAUCGGAAAUGGCUGAUUAUUGGGGCGCCUCAGCAGGGCAACUUGCGUGGAGACUAACGGCUGCGGAAAUCCGGCAGAUCAUGAUGUUAAGGGUGGACUUCAAAUCUGAUGAAAUAAAAAAGCUGAAACUUUAAUUUAAAUAUAGUGCUACUGAUAUAUUAGUUUUUUUUUAUAUUGCUGCAAGGCCAUUUUUUCAAGAAGAAAGCUUUUCACAUAGAUAUUUUAUAUAAAAAAAAAAUAU